UUUCCAGGUGCUAUACGUUUUAUUAAGUUAUUCUAACAAGACUAGGUCCUCUGUUCGCUGGGAACCAAGGCCCCAUCGAUAGGCACAGAACCCCGUUUCUCUAGAAGAAAGUGAUCUAGCCAGAGGGAGGGCAGAUAAGCAGAGUGACCACUGCCAAUGCCACUGCACCCCAGUGAAAGUCACCAAAACAUGCAGAAGGCCUGGUCGGGCUCUUGCCCCUGGGCAUCCCAGCCUUCACGUGAAACUGGCUGUGUCCAGAGCCUACACCUGAGUCACCCUCCAGCGUUGGCUCUGAAAGCUUCCUGAUGGCCCGAGGUAUUUCUAAAUGGGGUGAUAAAAGCGAGGUAUAAAUGGUGGUAGGCUCCACCAGCCUUCAUUUGCAGUUGAAUUUUUAGACAGGUGGAGGCAGGGAAGGCCGGGAGGUGCGGCAAACAAGCGUGUCCUGGAAGUAGCGCAGCUUCAGCGUCCUUUUCUGUAAAGGGAGCAGCCAGCGCGUGCCCGCCCCCACAAAAUCUGGUUCAUAGGGCGGACAUCUUGGUGGGUUUCAAUCCAAUGAGAGGAAGUCUGGGUGCCCCACCAAGGGUGAUUAGAAAGAAGGAUGACUCACCUUCCCCAGGUGCACAGCCACGCUUCUCUGCCUUCACCUGUCCCGACCACCUGAAAAUCCGCCUCUCCUAACAGGAGACAGCGAGGGAGGGGCUGCCAGGCCCAGGAAGCUCCUGUAUUGGAGGCGCCAGGGCCCUCAGGUCUCGCCUCCUCCCGCCCACUGCCGGCCCCGCCCCCUGUUCCCGCCCACCCGCUUCCCUAGCCAGACCAGCAGGCCCAGCCGCCGCGGUGUCUACACCCGCAAAAACGCCCGCUUUGACCUAGAGCCCUCUGCAUACCCUGUCCCUGGCUGGGGCAGCCAAGGCGCAGAGGGCAGCUCCGAGGCCAGAUGUUUGCUGCGCAGAUGCCCGACUUUACACUGGCGGGGCCGGCUGUGCCGGGCGCUGGGGGAAGCGCCCCAGAUUCACUCAGUUCACCCACCUUCCAGGUGGGACCCCGGGAAACCUUCCAGAGAGUGAAAUCAUGGAGCCUUCCAAGACCUUCAUGAGAAAUCUGCCAAUCACACCAGGCUACAGCGGCUUCGUACCAUUCCUCAGCUGCCAAGGAACGUCCAGAGAGGAUGACAUGAACUACUGUGUGAAAACCUUCCAGGAGAAAACACAGCGCUAUAAAGACCAGCUGCGGGAAUUUUGCUGUGCAGUGGCCACUGCCCCAAAACUGAAGCCUGUCAACUCCGAGGAGACGGUCCUGCGGGCCCUGCACCAGUACAAUCAGCAGCACCACCCUCUCCUCCUGGAAUGCAAAUAUGUAAAGAAACCUCUCCAGGAGCCUCCAAUCCCUGGCUGGGCAGGCUACCUGCCGAGAGCCAGGGUCACUGAAUUUGGCUGUGGCACGAGAUAUACUGUCAUGGCCAAAGACUGCUACAAGGACUUCCUGGACAUCACAGAGAGGGCCAAGAAAGCACAUCUGAAACCAUAUGAAGAAAUAUACGGAGUUAGCUCCACAAAAACUUCUGCUCCUUCUCCAAAAGUUUUGCAGCAUGAAGAGCUGCUGCCAAAAUAUCCCGAUUUUUCUAUUCCAGAUGAAAGCUGCCCUGCCCUUGGAAGGCCCCUGAGAGAGGACCCCAGAACUCCGUUGACAUGUGGCUGUGCUCAGAGGCCAAGUAUACCAUGCAGUGGGAAGAUUUACCUAGAGCCACUGUCCUCCGCAAAGUAUGCAGAAGGCUAGAAGCGCAGCGUCUCCCAGGGAGAGGUGAACUUUAAGUGGGGCUUCCGAAACCUGCCGUUCUCGUGUUGGCAUCAUGCCCAAUGAGCAAUAAAGAAAUUUAAUAACAAGAAUUUUUUAACUGCCGCCUGCAUCCUGAGUGGUUGACAGUCGCAUGUCAUUAAUGAUAAAGACCUUUUUUUUUUUUGUCAUGUGGGUAUAAAGAGGCUGCUUCUCUGCCUGCUGAAGUUUCUUGUGCGGGUUUUCUCCAGGUUAUGUUGACCAUGAGCUAGGGGGUUCCUAACCCCUGAGGUAACACUGCAGCCAGGCCAGGAUCUUCACUGAAGACCUAGCCCAACCCUCUAACCAAACGGUCUCUGGGUCCUGGCAUGUUACUGACAGCGACACAGACGGCACACCCACCCCAGCCCUGGUUUUCUAGAAUCCCGGUCCCCAGAAGGGUCCAGUUAGCAGAUACCAGCUAUAUUGGUGUGAUAGGGCUGCCUCCACAAAGUCCCACAAACUGAGUGGCUUAAGACAACAGAAAUUUAUUGCCUCACAGUUCUGGGGGCGGGAAGUCCAAAAGUGGGGUGUUAGCAGGGCCCUGCUCCCUCUGAAACCCAUGGGGGAAUCCUUCCUCACCUAUUCUUAGCUUGCUGUGUUUUGCAGCCAUGUUGGCAUUUCUUGCUACUAACUCCAGGCCCCCUGGGUGCCUCGCUGCCUUUACACGGCCAUCUUCUUACAAGGACAUCAGUCGCACUGGAUCGGGAGCAUGCCCUACUCCACUGUGACCUCAUUGUAACUCAUUACACCUGCAAUGACUCUAGUUCCAAAGAAGUCACAUAAAGUACGGGGACUAGGACUUUCACAUGGUUUUUUUUUUUUUUUUUUUUUGAGGGACAUGGUUCAAGCUGUAACACUGGAUAACAUGCUCUUGCCACUAGCAGGCACCCUGACCUCCCUCAGCAAACAUCCGCAUGCAGAAGAAAUAAAAAAACAGCUCCUGGGACAAUGAGACCAUUGUCAUCCGCUCAGAAACAUGCAGAGUCACACGAGGCAGCAAGCUGGGUCUGGGUCUGGAAGGUUUCUUCCAAGGCAAGAAUUUUCACCUGGACAUCCUGGGCUCCCAUGAUUCCAUGGGUAGAAGUCAGAAGGUCAGAGAACUUUGAUGAGAAAAAAAGUUACAUCAUUGUUUUCACUAACUUCCAGGCGAAAUUUAGUAUUUCCUUCCUUGAUGAAUGUAAGCCACAAACCACUGCAGGACCUGUCACCUUAGCCUGAGAGCAAUCACGGAUGUUUUUGUAUCACGUGGCUCUGGCUGCAAACAGCUUGAAUGAUGUUAAAGCUCAUCUCUUUAUAAUCAUGGUGGUUAAUUAUAGUGGCUAUAUCUACUCUCUCACAUAUUGUUAUUCAGUAUAAGAAUAAAGAAACAAAUGGCUGUUUUAUAAA